CCGGAAGCGCUCCGGACCGCCCGCAGCUCCCGGCCUGCCCCGCGCCGCCGCCGGACUACGGCUCCCGGCGCGCCCCGCGGCUGUUGCCGUGGCCGCCGGGCGGGGACGGGGCCGCGGAGCGCCCCGGGAGGGGCCGGGCAGGGCCCGAGGCGCUGCGGGUCGGGCCUGGCAGCGCGGCCGGUCGGGCCGGGCCAUGGCGCAGGCGGCGCUGAGCGCGGCGGGGCUCCACUUCGACGAGCUGAACAAGCUGCGGGUCCUGGACCCCGAGGCGGCGCAGCAGACGGCGCAGCUCCGCGAGGAGUGCGGGGCCUUCUUGGACAAAAUAGCCGAAUUCCAGAAGAUAGUGGGGAGCUUAAUUGAACUUGUUGAUCAACUGGCAAAAGCUGCAGAAAGCGAGAAGAUGAAGGCCAUCGGUGCGCGGAAUCUGCUCAAGUCUAUAGCAAAGCAGAGGGAAGCUCAGGAGCAGCAACUUCAGGCUUUAAUAGCUGAGAAGAAGAUGCAGCUGGAGAGGUACCAGAUAGAGUACGAGACUCUGUGUAAAAUUGAAGCCGACCAGAACGAAUUCAUUGACCAAUUCAUUUUCCAGAAAUAGAGGAUUUUAAGAUAAAACCAAACUUGACCAUUCCAGAAUCUUGACAACUUCAAAAUAUGCAAUUUUUCACUGUGUAUGACUGAAGAGCUUGUUUGUACCAAUGGAAGUGUUUUAAUUCAGAGUGACUUACACUAUGAGUGGCAAUAACCAGGGCUUUCUAACGGGGUAAAGACUGUUGUGUCCUUUGAUUUUAUAAAAGUUUUGUACAGUCUACUUCUAAUCCAAAUUACAGUUGAAUUGCUACUGCUGUUGCUA